AUGGAGGACACUGGGUUCUGGCCAAAGAUGGAGGACACUGGGCUCUGUCAAAAGAUGGAGGACACUGGGUUCUGGCCAAAGAUGGAGAACACUGGGUUCUGGCCAAAGAUGGAGGACACUGGGUUCUGGCCAAAGAUGGAGGACACUGGGUUAUGGCCAAAGAUGGAGGAGACUGGGUUCUGGCCAAAGAUGGAGGACACUGGGCUCUGUCAAAAGAUGGAGGACACUGGGUUCUGGCCAAAGAUGGAGGACACUGGGUUCUGCCAAAAGAUGGAAGACACUGGGCUCUAUGACAUUUCUUCAUCACCAGACAUGAAGUAA